GUUCAUUUUGAACUUGAGUAGUAAACUUAUCUUACUUAAGAAUCUUAAGAUAAAUAUUACCCGAGUUAUAUAAGCCUAUGGCACGACACCUAAAAAUUGAAAGCAAAGUUUUUUCAGACAACUUGACGUUAUGAAUAUGAAACUGUUAAUCGGCUUUUGUUUACUGACUGUAACCCUUGGUCGUCAAGGAUUUGGACCUACAGACCAAGAAUGGGGCUACAUUACUGUCAGAGAAGGAGCCCACAUGUUCUGGUGGCUACAUUACACUACAGCCACUACCAAACCUACAGAAAAACCUUUGAUCAUUUAUUUACAGGGUGGACCAGGCAGGGCAGCAUCAGAAUAUGGAAACUUUGAAGAACUCGGUCCGUGGGACAGGAACCAAAACCCAAGAAACCAUACGUGGGUCCAGCACGCUAAUAUCCUGUUUAUAGACAAUCCUGUUGGUACCGGAUUCAGUUAUGUGGAAAAUUCCACUCAGUUUACAAAAACCAACAAAGAAAUCGCUGACGAUUUUGUUGUACUUAUGCAAGGAUUCUAUAAACAACUGCCUCAAUUUGAAGAAGUACCUUUGUAUAUAUUUUCAGAAUCUUAUGGGGGAAAGAUGGCAGUAGAAAUCGCUCUCAAUUUAUACCAAGUUAGUAUGUUUGCAACCCAAAAUGGUACUCUCAAAAGCAACCUUAAAGGAGUGGGACUAGGAGCUCCCUGGAUAUCCCCUGUAGAUUCUUGUCUUAAUUGGGCCCCAUAUUUGUAUAAUUUAGGAUAUUUGGACACUCAACAGUAUAAACUAUUGGAUACACAGGCACAAGACCUCAAACAGUUGGUUGAUAAUGGUAAAUGGGCUGAAGCUUCCAAAAAAUACACCGACUUGGUUGUAUUAAUCUAUACUUAUACAUAUCAGUCUAAUGCUCUUUUUCUACAUUCUACAUCUAUUGUUGGGCCUAAUGUAAAACCCGAUGAUGGUGUGGAUAAGACACCCGAAAAAAUUAAUUUAAUGAACAACUUGGUGAAAAAUGCACUGAAUCUGAGUCAAGAUUGGGACGCUCAAAGCCAAGAUGUUAUCGAUAAUUUAAAUAUUGAUGAUAUGAAGCCUGUGACUGAUAUUGUUGAAAGAUUACUAAAUGAAACUGAUUUAACUGUUGCUGUGUAUAAUGGACAGGUGGAUUUGCUCGUUCCUACUCCAGGUACCGUCAACUGGGUCGAUAGAUUGAAUUUCAAAGGAUCUGAAAAUUGGACAACGGCUAGUAAAGAAGUAUUUGAAGUUGAUGGUAUAUAUGAAGGUUUUGAAAAAAAGACUGGAAAUUUCGCAUUUUAUUGGCUACUUCGUACUGGACACACGGUAGGUCGCAAAGGUUUUGGGCCUACAGACCAAGAAUGGGGCUACGUUGAUGUAAGAGAAGGAGCGCACAUGUUCUGGUGGUUACAUUACACUGCAUCUACCACCAAACCUACAGAUAAACCUUUGAUUAUUUGGUUACAGGGUGGACCAGGAAGGUCUGCAACACAAUAUGGAAACUUCGAAGAAAUUGGUCCGUGGAAUUCCAACCAAAUCCCAAGAUUCUCUUCAUGGGUGAAUGGCGCAAAUAUCCUAUUUGUAGACAAUCCUGUAGGUGUUGGAUUUAGCUAUGUGGAAAAUUCCCAAUUUGCGAAAAGCGACCAACAAAUUGCUACCGAUUUUGUAGUGCUUAUGAAAGCAUUUUAUAAACAACUACCUCAAUUUGAAGGUGUACCUUUGCAUAUAUUCUCAGAAUCUUAUGGGGGAAAAAUGGCAGUAGAAAUCGCUCUUCAACUUUAUCAAGCAAACAAAAAUGGUACCAUCAACUGUAACCUUAAGGGAGUCGGACUAGGUGCUGCCUGGAUAUCGCCUGUAGAUUCUUGUCUUACUUGGGCGCCAUAUUUGUAUAAUUUAGGAAUUUUGGACACUCAACAAUACAAUCUAUUAGAUAAACAAGCACAAGACCUUAAACAGUUGGCUAAUACCGGUAAAUGGGCUGAAGCUGCCGAUAAAUACAUAGAGCUACUUACAUGGGUCCAAACUAAAACGAAUACGAGUACUGCUACGUUUUUAAAUGUUUUAGCUAUUAAUGGGCCUAAUAUAACAUACAAUGCUGGUGUGGAUCAGGCAAAUCAACGUUUAAUGAAUGAAUUAGUGAAACCUGCUUUGAAUCUGACUAGGAAUUGGACCUCUCCAAAUAGGGAUGCUUUCAAUAAUGUAAAAGGCGAUUUUAUGAAGCCUGUACCUGAUCUUAUUGAACAAUUGCUGAAUGAUACUGAUGUUAGUGUUGCUGUGUAUAAUGGACAACUGGAUUUGUUCGUUCCUACUCCAGGUACUAUGAACUGGGUCGAUAAAUUAAACUUCAAAGGAUCUAAAGAUUGGACAACAGCCAGUAGAGAGGCAUUUGCAGUCCAAGGUUUUUAUCAGGGAUACGAAAAAAAGGCUGGAAAUUUCACCUUUUAUUGGCUACUUCGCGCUGGACAUGAGGUUCGUAUUCUUUAA